AAUUCAGGGGCGAGUUGGAUCGCUUUCGUUCGCUGGGAAUUUAGAGCGUAGCCCUUUUAGUGGUUGUAACACGUGGGGAUGCGCUUUCUCUGGUCCUGUUCACGCCGCGGUCUAUUUCCUUUCAGCUGCGAUUUUCCACACUCUGCUGGGGCUUCUUCUGCCUCUUGUCUGGUUGCUUCAAGAGGGUUCCUGAAGGCCAGCAUUCUUCUGUGGCUUUGUUAGUUCAACAGUUGCUGACAUCCACAUUUUCCCCCUGCGCCUUCCUCUGGCCUGUUAUUUGAUAGGGGUUUCUUUCUUUCUUUUUAACCAAAGAAAGCAACUUUCAGAGCUCCUUUUUGCUUGAAAACUUUAAAGCUUCUACUCCCAUUGACUAAGCAGCAGGGUAGGAGCUGAACUUCUCACAACGGGAAAGACUUCUAGUACAAGUUGUGGAAGCAGCUUGAGAGGGGGGUUCUAUCAAGUUCACUUUUUCAAAUUGAAGUUAAAGCAUCUUUAACAUUAUAGAAAUUUGAGGGGGACUUGUAGUCAAUGUAAAGUAUGGUUUUUCAAACUGUUUCACAGAACCCCCAAAGUUCCUUGAGAGAUGGGGUGGGGGUGGGGAAGUUUGCGAAAUUCAGCAAAUUUUCUGUCACCAGAGGUUUUUUUGCCUCUUGAUUGAGGUUUUAGAUUUUUUUGAAACCUAAAAGGCUCCUGAAAAAGUUUGAAAACUGUUGCUUCAGAGAAACUAUCCCUAUUUUGGGAGAGAUUCCACAGAAUACUUUAAACCCCUCUGUCCAGAUUCUAUUGAAAUAGAAUUUUGGGAGACUUCUGAUAGCCCUAGCACACUGAAGGGAGCAUUUCCUAUACCAGAGUCAAAUCGAUUAACUUGUUUCUUUGCACUCUGAUACUUUAGAGUCCGUGGUGCUUCCGAUACAAUUGAUGUUCAUAUAAUGACCCUGAGUUAGGGAAGGUCCCUUUGGGACAGGCAAAAUAAGAAUAUGCCCUGAGAAGUAUAGUUGCAUUAUUGGUGGAUCUGAAAUUAUUCAGGAGAUAUAUUACACACGUCAUAUACUUUUGAGUCUUAAGGCUUCGAGGAAGAAAAAUGAAUACGACUGUAGUAUUACUGUUGAUUAUUUGCUUUUGUUCAUUUCUGUAGGCUAUGUGGGAAUUGCUCCAAUCUCCGGUGAAGAGCAAAUAGAUUUUGACAGGUCAUACAAGAAUUAUAGCAGCUGUUUGAAUUGUUGGCAUUGCUGAAAAAGUAAAAGAACAUUGGCUGUUGGAUAGAUGCAGUCCUGCAACAUUAGACUUUGUAGUAGGAAUUCUAAGAAUAAAUAAUCAUUUUCCAGCUCUACUAUAAACUUUGUAAAUCAGAGUACUAGGCUUUAAUCUGCCAUCGUUCUGUUUUUAAGUGACUUGGAGAGAAUGCAGGGAGGCAAUGCGCUGGCAGUGCCAUGGCUCAUGUUCCUAGCUGUGGCUGGUGCUCCUGAGCAGUAUGAGAAACCUGCUUUCACCCCCAUCUUCACCCGCAGGCCCUUCAUUGUGGCUUGGAAUGCACCAACCCAGGACUGUGAGCCUCGCUUCAAGGUUCAAUUUGACUUUUCUGUUUUUGAUGUUCAGGCCUCGCCUAAUGAGGGCUUUGUGGACCAGAACCUGACCAUUUUUUAUAAAGAACGCUUGGGCUUUUAUCCCUAUUAUGAUGCAAACAAUGUGGCUAUUAAUGGGGGUGUCCCACAAAACAGCAGUUUGGAGAAGCAUCUAAUCCGGUUAACAGAGAGCAUUCAAAAAUACAUCCGCUCCAGUUCAAAGGAGGGAUUGGCAGUCAUUGACUGGGAAGAGUGGAGACCCAUCUGGAUCCGAAACUGGCAGCCCAAAGACAUUUACCGGAAUGCCUCUCGUAAGCUUGUGCUGUCUAGGCGUCCUAAAUUGGAAGAAGAUCAGUUGAAGAAGCAGGCCCAGUAUGAAUUUGAAUCAUCAGCUUGUGAUUUUAUGAGGGAGACUCUGCGAUACGCCAAAAACUUUCGUCCACGACAGCUCUGGGGUUACUACCUCUUCCCAAACUGCUAUAACCAUGAUUAUCGCAACAACCAGGAUAGUUACACUGGUCAUUGUCCUGAUGUAGAGAAGACUCGGAACGAUCACCUGGCCUGGCUCUGGAAAGAGAGCACUGCUCUUUUUCCUUCCAUUUAUCUGGAACACGAAUUGGCCAACACCAUGAAUGGCCGCAAGUUUGUGAGGUCUCGAGUAAAAGAAGGCCUUCGUAUUUCUCAAAAACAUCAUGAUAACUAUGCUCUACCUGUCUUUGUCUACACAAGGCCCACUUAUAGCAAUGGGAAGGAUAUUUUCUUAAAAGAGACAGAUCUGAUCUCUACCAUAGGUGAGAGUGCUGCUUUGGGGGCAGCUGGUGCUAUCUUCUGGGGAGAUGCUGAAAACACUAGAAGUAAGGAAAAUUGCCAACUGAUGAAAACAUACAUAGAAGAGCCCCUUGGCCGUUACAUCAUCAAUGUGACAACCGCAGCCGAGCUCUGUAGCCAGACUCUUUGCAAGGGCCAUGGCCGGUGCCGGCGUCAAGAAAGUGAUGCCAGCAUCUUCCUGCAUCUCAAUCCAAAUAGCUUCCAGAUCUACCGGAAUGAAUCCAAGCAUCCAAAGCCACUCCUGGGAGCCAAAGGGAAGCUCUCUCAGGCAGACAUUUCCUUCCUACAAACCCACUUCCAAUGCCAUUGUUACCAGGGGUGGCAUGGAAAAGGGUGUGAGAAGCAGCUGAAUCCACCAGGGGGUGGCCCCUCUACUUCCUACACACUUGGACUCCAGUUGCUGAUGACUGUCUUCCUUCUGGUCUGUUUGCACUAGGCCACCUCUCCAGUGGAAUCUGUGGGGUGCAAGGGAGUCCAUGGUGCUUGGAGCAAUGGGAGAGGCAGUGCAAUAGGCAAGGAAGGUAGACAGCCAAGAAGAAGUAGGGGCCUCUCCCCUUAUAUCUUUAUUUAGCAGUAAUGUAGCAGACCUCCUCUUUAAGAGAUGGCUCUACCUCUCCCCUCAGCUCUCCCAGCCCUUCAUGAGGCAAAAGAAAAAGGAUCCUUCUAACCACUGAGCGUGCUUCUGUUCAGAGAGCUGGACAACUGGAAGAAAGAGUGCUUUAGAGACUGGCAAAGGAAAGAUGCUUCACGAGACAUGACCUCCACUGUGGCCCUUGCCUUGGUCUGUCUGGUAGCUUCUUUAUCAUGGGAACCAUAACAAUGCUGUAGGUCAGCUACCCAAAAGAGAGGCUCACACAAGGGACCUGGGACCAGAGCACAGGGUCUGAAUGCCUACAUCCAGUCCUUUGUCCUUGCUCUGGAUAAGGACUGGGAAGGGGAUGCUUGACUCUUCUGUUUUAGGGAAGGGUGCCACAAGCAGCAGGGCCUUGAAGCGCAGGUGUGGGAGGUUUCAUGGAACUGCUGUAAUGAAGAAAAUUGCUGCUGUUACCCAUCUCUUUAGAUAGGGAGUAGAGAAAGAGCUGAGUCCAGGGGGAUUACCUUGGAGAGUAACUUGGAAACAUUCUUUGCUGACUGUGGGGUGGGCAACGCAGUUUUUAAUGGCCCAAAUAAGGCCAUUGACAGGGAAAAACAUGCCUGGUUUGUCUGUGGCCACUAUCAACCUGGAAGCCUGCACCUCUUACAGGAAAACCAAAAAGUUUUACCUCAGAAUUAAAGAGACACAGAGAAAA